AUGCCUCUGUUGGCCUCUCCAGGCCCAGCCCCUGCCUGUUGGCGGCCUUUAGAGGCCCAGCCUCUACCUCAACAGUGGGCCCUCCACGCCCACCUCUCGCCUCGCCGUGGCCUCCUCGGGCCAGGCUCCCGCGUUGGGGCGGCCCCCACAGGCCCAGCUCCUGCCUCACGGAGGCCCUCCGGAGGCCAAGCUCAUGCGUCAGGGCGGCCUCUCCCAGCCUGGCGUUUGCUCCUUUGCAUGGGCUCCAGGAUCUGCACUUCCUCCAGUCGGCCUCUCCAGGCCCAGCAGGCCCAGCAGGCUCUCCAGGCCCAGCUCUUCCUCCCGGCAGCCUCUGCAGGACCAGACUGUCGUCAAGUAGGCCUGUCCAGGGACAGCUCCUGCCUCCCGGCGGCCUCUGCAGGCCCAGACUGUCGUCAAGUAGGCCUGUCCAGGGACAGCUCCUGCCUCCCGUCGGCCUCUGUAGGCCCAAGUCGUCCUCAAGUCGGCCUCCCCAGGCCCAGCUCUGGCCUCUCGGCGGCCUCUUCAAGUGCAAAAGUUCCUCGAGUCCGUCUCUCCAGGCCCAGCUCCUCCUGUCGCCCAGUGGCCUCUUUCAGCCCAGCCCAGCUCAUGCCUCCCGGCGGCCUUCCCAGGCCCCGCUUUUGACUUUCCG